AUGCUCCAUGAGAUCCUACUCUCCCUCUCCGGCCAGCCAUCCCCCCUCUUCAGUACCCAAAAGGGGGAAAAUGCUGUUACUCAAGAUGAUUUUCCCCUUCUUUCACCUCCGGAGAAAGCCCUCCUCGCCUCCGUUGCCCAUUUGAGUCGACUUCACACGCAGCUGCGGAAAUAUGCCUCGGAUAUAUCCUCCGCGAGCCCAUCUGUCAUAUGCCGCUCUGUCUCUACGGCUAUUGUUGGAACACAUCUCGGUGAAUUCCAAAAGAAGAUCCUGGAGGCUGAAAGGGCAAUCCUUGCCGAGGAUAGUGGAUAUGUGGGAGGGUAUGGUAUUGUCCCAUUGUCGACUAUCGUGGGAGAGUUCGCACCAUGGAUGCGGCGCAUGGAGUGGCUUUGGGCUCUUAUCCGGUUCAUUCAACCCGAAAGGAAAAGCACCGAACUUUUGCAUGGUUCCACGGGGGCAGCGCUCAUGGAUCAUCUGCGGACCGAAGCUCAAACAGGAUAUCUUGAUAUCAAGGACAUGGCCCUGCAAUUGGCGACAGUGGCUGAGACAGCAUGGAUGAAACAGCUUUCGAUGUGGUUACUUUGUGGGAAUCUUCCUAUAUACGGGAAGGAAGACUUUUUCAUCCAGGAGGAUACCGAAAAUGAGAAUGACGAGGCACAAUUCAGCAUAAACGUCCGAUUGCUCCCAAAUUUCGUCACGGCACAAACAGCAGGUUCAAUACUAUUCAUUGGCAAAUCCCUCAAUCAUAUUCGAGCGAAACGGAAAACCUCAAUAGCAGGAACAUCUACUGCGCCGGUGACAUUAUAUCGGGAGCACAUCGAGCAACUUGCGGGCCUGAAAUCACCAAUUUCGCCUUCAAAACUGACUACCGCCGUUGACUCCAUUCGCCUUUCCCUUUCUCAAUCAACCCUAUCGAAAUUGUUGCCUCUCCCGAAAAUCCUGGAAAUUCUUACUUUGCUUCACAAUUUCCUUUUACUAGGACGAGGGGAGUUUGCGGUGGCUCUUGUAGCACAUGCAGAUUCCCGCAUUGAGGAAAGCCGACGUCGAGGCUCAUCAGCGACCCGUCUAUUGGGAGAACCUGACGUUCUUACCACCAAAGAAGGUGAUGUCACAGCUGCUUUAGCUGAAGCAUGGGCAGAGCUUUUCUCGCUACAAAAGGAGGAGGACCCAGCCGAUGAAGAACUUGAACUUGCCCGGGACCUUCUUUGUCUUUCCAUCAGUGGCCGUAAAAGUGGCCGACCGAUGACCCCUGCCCAAACUCCUAAUUUAAUAUCCAAAAUCUCAAAGGUCUCAUUUGAAGACCUGCUCUUCCCAACGCCCACGAACCUCACCACGCAUAUCCGAGCUCCUCUGGACCUAUUUAUCUCGAGCUCUGAUAUUGUCAUAUAUUCUAAGAUCCAUUCUUAUCUCUUGGGAAUACGGCGGGCUCAGAUCCGGCUUGGAGAUCUCUGGAAACGAACUCCGUUGCGGCGAAACCACCCUACACCAUGGGGACCGCCCAGAAGUAACAGCAUCUUUGGUCAAGCUAAGCUGAAGGCAAGAAGAGACAGAGAUAAUGCUCGUGUUCGCCAAAUGCGUCAUAUCUGGGCCACAGGAAGUGCAUGUCUGUUUAUGCUUUCUGAGAUUGGUGGCUUUUUCCAAGGAGACGUCGUCAAUGAGUCGUGGCGGCACCUUCGCCACUGGAUCGAAGGAUGCUCUUCGUCCACAGCAUCAGCCCCUGGAUCCCGGCCUGGAACCGCAUCCUCUUCCAAAUCGCAUCAUACUUCCAAGACAGUGUCUCCCGACCAGAUGCCUAUCAGAAACUUCCCUGAGUCUAACCAGCAGACCAUGGGACGACACGAUCCCGAGGCUCUCACGGUUGCCCACCGGCGGCACUUGUCAUCUCUGGUGCAAUCCCUCUUUUUGACUGAACUACCCUUCACAAACACCAUGAGAGGACUUCUCACAAAUAUCGACCGCUUCGUCGCCCUUGUGAUCCGGUUGGAAACCAUACAACGCAAUAUGGAUCUGGAAACAGAUGAAGGCGUGGAAGAUGACUUAGUAGAUUAUGCCCAUGAAGAACGCGAGGUAUGGGAAGAGCUACGCGCCACUCGAAACGAUGUCGAGACGGGUAUUAAGAAUCUUGUUGGGAGUCUGCGGGACAUUGACGAUAGUCGCUCGGGAGAAGGCCAGGGACCCGUGGAACUAGCAACGAACUUCGGUCAGAUGUGGCCUGGUUCCCGCCAAGGUGACAGCACGAGCCCCGGCUUCAGCCAUUACGUGCCCCAUAAAGCAGCGGGGGUGGAUCGUCUGCUCAUGAAACUAGAUUUCGGCAGCCUUCGCAGCGGCUUCGGACCCGAGACAACUGCGGGUUUCGCGGGUAUGCCGUAA